AUGUCAACUUCAAAACAAACAGUUAAUGAGACUGCAAAAUGGAGCCAAGCAAAUGUAGACACCCUUAUUGUUUUGAUGUUGAAGAACAAAGUGAACAAACUGAGGCAGGAUUAUAGUCAGUUUAAGAAGCUAUUUGAGACAACUGGUUUUGGUUCGGAUGCUGCUUCAAGAACUUGUACUGUUGAUGAUGAAUCCAUCUGGGAAUCGCAUAUUAAGGAUAACCCUAUUUGGGCACGAUUUAAGAAGUAUGGACUACCACAAUGGCCAGAACUAUGUAUGGUAUUUGGUGAUACAUAUGCAGACGGCGAAGGAAGUGGGACUCAAACAACCAUGUUGGAAACUUUGGGGGCCGAUGAUGAUAGGAAUAUGAUUGAAUCUUGUGAUGAGUCAAGUUCCGCUGAUGAAGUUACUCCAUUAGGUGACACUCAAACUGAAGCAAUUCAAGAUAUGAGUAAAUCAAGGGUAGAACGAGAUGCAAGCAUGUCCACUGCUUCAACCCAAAAUGCAGAACAGAUGUACGGGAUUACUAGGGCCAUGGAGGUGCUUGAGUCAGGAUAUGAGUUAGAUGAAGCACUAUAUGAGAAAGCACUUCGGAAGUUAAUGGCUGACCCGCAAUGGAGAGAAGCAUUAAUUUCAUGCCCUCCUCAUCGGAAGUCAAUACUCCUUCGUACCCUUCAGUAG